AGGAGAACCAUGAUAUUUUAUUUCCAGCAUGCCUGUACGUGUAUGUGUGUUUUCGUGCGUGCGCGUGUCUGUGUGUGAGGCUGGCUGUAGCCCUACGUGUGUCGUCCCCCCUUCUCUCUUUGUCCCUCCUCCAUAGUAAGAAUCAACCGAGCGCUAUCAAUCCGCUCGCAUCCUGCUGCAAACUAGGAUAAGCCACCACCACAACAACCUUCACUUCACUUUCACGUUCAUUUAGCCCCUCUCUCUCUCUGACACACCGACCAGCAGCGUCCUAUGAUUUGCCUGCCUGAGAUGCGAUUUCGCUCUCCCCUUUCCCGGAGAAUAUCGUCCGUUACUCCCCACUGAAAGACCAUGCCCGAGACGGGGGCGGCGGGAGCAGCAGUCCCUGCAGCAGCGGGUAGCAGCUCCUCCGACAGCAGUGGUGGCACCGAGAGCUCGCGGCACAGACACCGAUCGCAAGGCGAAGGGGAAAAGACAGAUCAAAGUGCUGCCUCCUCGCAGCAAACGUCAUCCGGUGUACUUGAUAAGUUAUUUGGGAAGCGGCUGCUGCAGGCUGGGAGGUACAUAAUGUCUCAUAAGUCCUGGAUGAAGACCGUGCCCACUGAGAACUGUGACGUCCUCAUGACUUUCUCAGACCGGACAGAUGACCACACGUUGCUAUGGCUACUAAACCACAUGCGCCUGGGCAUUCCAGAACUCAUCGUCCAGAUCCGACAUCACAAACACACGCAUGUACACGCCUUCUUCGUCACGGCAACUUACGAGAAUUUGUUGCGCGGGGCAGAGGAGAUGGGUCUGAGGAAGUCAUUAAAGCCAGAGUUUGGGGGAGGAACACGCAGCUUCUCCUGUGAAGAAGACUACAUCUAUGAGAACAUUGAGAGUGAACUAUGCUUCUUCACAUCACAGGAGAGGCAGAGCAUUAUCAAGUACUGGCUCGACAAUCUACGAGCCAAGCAGGGGGAGGUGCUUCAUAACAUACACUUCCUGGAGGGACAGCCAAUCAUCCCAGAGCUGAGUGGGUGGGAUGAUAUUCGUGACUACUUUGGGGUGAAGAUAGCCAUGUACUUCGCCUGGCUGGGGUUCUACACCACGUCUAUGCUGUAUCCUGCUGUCAUCGGCUUCGUGCUCUGGGUUCUCACCGAGUCUGACCAGACGAGUCGUGAUAUCUGCUGUGUGGUGUUUGCACUGUUUAACGUGGUGUGGGCCACACUCUUCUUGGAGAGGUGGAAGAGAAGGGGGGCGGAGCUGGCCUAUAAGUGGGGUACGCUGGACACUCCUAACGAGUCCCUAGAGGAACCACGGACGCAGUUUAGGGGUGUGAAGCGGUGCAGCCCCAUAACAGGCUGUGAGGAGUUUUACUACCCACCAUGGAGGAGGAGGGUGUUCAGGUGGCUGGUCAGCCUGCCCAUCUGCAUCCUGUGUCUCUGCUUUGUGUUCCUGGCCAUGCUCCUCUGCUUCGAACUGCAGGAGUUUGUUAUGGGGAUUAAAGAAGUACCUCGUCUGGCCCGGUUCAUCCCUAAGAUCAUGCUGGCCAUCACUGUGACUGCCUGUGACGAGGUGUACAGGAAGAUAGCCUACUGGCUCAACGACAUGGAAAACUAUAGACUCCAGAGUGCCUAUGAGAAACAUCUCAUCAUUAAAUUGGUUCUUUUUCAGUUUGUAAACUCUUAUCUCAGCCUUUUCUACAUUGGAUUCUACCUCAAAGACAUGGAGCGUCUGAAAGAGAUGCUGGCCACCCUGCUGAUCAUCCGCCAUUUUGUCCAGAACGUGAAGGAGGUGAUGCAGCCUUACCUGUACGAGCGCCACAAGCUGGGCGAGCUCACCCUGCGCAGCGUCUGGGAUCUGCUCCUCUCAGCCCUGCUCAAGUACUGCAGGCUGGCCGCAGGAAAGCCCCAGGCUUCACCCACCGACCAGGCCAUGCCGGGCCCUGGCCUGAGGGGAACCAGACCCGGGGUGGGACAGCCUGACCGCAGGGAGAAGAAGUGUCUGAACGGGGGAUGUGGGGUGCCUGAAGAGGAGGAGGGAGAGAGGGAGGAGGGGGACAGUGGGAGGUUCAGUGAGGGAGAGAAUGAGGAAUCGUCUGAGAGUCUGAUAGACUGUGGCCUCAAGCUGAGGAAAGUCAGCUUCAUAGAGAGGGGGGACAGGAAGUCAACUGGAGGGGGCUGCAUCCCCACAAUGGAGGACAGUUUCUUGGAGGACGGCAGCCCCACUAUGGUGGAGAAGGGGAUGGAUCCGGCAUCGGUGUUCGAGACAUAUGAUGAUGACGAUGACAAUGGCGUCACUGAGACAAAGGACACGGGAGUUUCGGCCAAUGAGAGUAUGGCGGCUGCCCCGCUGCCUUCUGGGCCAGAGAGCACGGUGACGGUGCGUCAUCGCAGAAGGCAGAGGAGUUUGGAGAGGGCAGACUCUAAAACCAAGCGGGAGUCAUGGAUCGACCCGCCAGAGGAGCAGGAGAGUACGAGUCUGGCACAGGCUGAGAUGGAAAGCUGCAUGCAGACAUAUGAGGACACCUUCCAGGACUACCAGGAGAUGUUUGUCCAGUUCGGCUACGUAGUUCUCUUCUCCUCAGCCUUCCCCCUGGCGGCCAUGUGUGCCCUCAUCAACAACAUCAUCGAGAUCCGCAGCGACGCCUUCAAACUCUGUACCGGCCUGCAGAGACCCUUCGGCAAGAGAGUGGAGAGCAUCGGACAGUGGCAGACGGCGAUGGAGGCCAUGGGUCUGAUCGCCAUCAUAGUCAACUGUUACCUGAUUGGUCAGUGUGGUCAGCUGCAGCGCCUCUUCCCCUGGCUCAGCCCCGAGAUGGCCAUCAUCUCCAUUGUCAUCCUUGAGCACUUUGCCAUCCUGCUGAAGUACAUCAUUCACGUAGCAAUCCCAGACAUCCCCAGCUGGGUGGGGGAGGAGAUGGCCAAACUGGAGUACCAACGCAGGGAGGCUUUUAAGAAGCACGAGCGGCAGGCACAGCAGCACUACCAACAGCUACAGAGGAGGAAGAGAGAGGAGGAGGAGAGGCAGAGGCAGACGGAGCACCAGGCUCGCAGGGAGAGGGAGAGAGAUGAGGGGAAGGACUCCUCCGGGGGAGACCACCACCACGACAAGAGCCACGGGGGGAAGUCCCGCUCUGGAGGGGGUGGAGGUGGGGACAAGCCCAAGAGGCCCAGCUCCCUCCUGGCCAACAACAACGUGAUGAAGCUCAAACUGAUCACCCCCUUACAGAGCAAGUUCUCCUCUGGCAGCGCACGCUCCCCUCAGUCUCCCACAGGAAACGAACCCAAGCUCCCCGGGUUCCUCAGCUUCAAGUUCCUCAAGUCGCCUGAGAAUAAGAAGGAAGCGGCUGCUGCCGCUGCAGCUGCAGCCACGGCAACGAAUACCACGACGACCGCGACCGCCCCCGGCGGUAACCAGGAGCGGUCUCAGUCGCCGAGCAAGUCGUUCAACCCUGGGAAACUAUUUAACUUUGGGAAGUCAGAGGGGGGCUCCUGUGUGAAUGGGUCCCAGUUACCCCGACCAGGGGAGGGUUCCCAGGGAUCUGACAAACAGCUCACCAAGUCUGACCUGAAUGGGGUGCCGGAUGAGAUCCCCUCGCCUGGAGGGGAUGAGGGGGAGAACGGACACCACACAGACUCCUCAGACCCUAAAGUCUAGGAUCUCUUUGGAUAGGGAGAUGACAAACUACUAUGAGAACUUAACUUAAUAUAUCUACUAGAAGGAGAAAUGUAUGGGGAGAAAAGGUCAAGCCUCUCUCUGUGCUGUCUGGAUCUGAGGUUGUGUAUGUAGACGCUGCCUGGGGGCUGUGGGGGGGGGGACUAAUGGUAAUGAUGAUGGGAUGUGUGGGUCUGCAUUGUUGCUGUUGCUGAGAGACUUUCAGGCUUAAUGGUGAAGACAUAACCCACCCUUUUACCCGUGGCCACACACACACACACACACACACACACACACACACACACACACACACACACACACACACACACACACACACACACACACACACACACACACACACACACACACACACACACACACACACACACACACACACACACACACACACACACACACACACACACACACACAUAGAAUCCUCUUUUGUCUGCAAUACAUAUAGAAAUGCAUGAGCUGCAUUUCUGAUACUUUCCGAGCAUUUUCCAAAAAAAGGGAGAGCAGUGUUUCUUGAUUUAUUCUAUUCUGAAAAUUGUAAGCAUCCUGGUGGCCAUCUUGCCACGGAAACAUAACAUCCUGGUUUCGAAGGUCAGAAGAAAAAAAAUGGAUUGGUGUGUGUGAAUCAAAAGCAUAAUGAGACCUUUCACAGUCACCACACAAUGGUGGCCUGAUAUCAGACUCACUUUUAACUGUGACGGUCGAUCGGCUUUUCUACUUAAUACGAACCGGCUGUGCUAGCCGAGCAAUAUCAAAUCAGUGUUUCAAAUCUGAGCAGUACUGCAAAACACGUCCAGUUCUUUGUUUGUCACCCUCAUCUGAAGGCCUACGUGAGCAGUCGUGAGUUUUGUAUAUACAGUACAUCCCAUGAAAACAACGGCAAUAUCUGAAGUGGAUGUCUGACAGUGCUGACAGUGCGUGGGAAACAGGAUGUUGUGUUUGACGUUGUGAAAGGCAAAGAUGAAAAUCGUUUGAUAAAAGACAGGCUUUGUCUUGCAUCAGUAUGAGAGAGAGAGAGAGAGAGAGAGAGAAAGAGAGAAUGAAAUAGAAUGAAAGAGUUGUUUUGACUGAUGCCACAGGAUGUUGAUGUGGAUUAUACAGUACACAAUAUGUAUCAUGGAAAGUCUGGGUUCCUGUAGUUUACUGUGUGCCAUUCUAAUCUCUCCCCAUUCAAGCCUGCAGAGAGACAUUCUACACAGUAUACUAAUGGCUCUCCAUUUCAGCACACAGAUCUGACUAGAUUAGUGAGUAGACUAGACAUAGAAAGAAAGAGAGAAGAUUUGCACUAAACUCUGACGUUCUGCACUGAGACAGCAGAGCCUGUUCUGACUGCAGGUGUAAGGAAGAACUAUACCGGUCUGCCUCACAACACAACAUAACAUAUACAAACGUUGGAUUUUAUUAUCGCUAGUAUCUUGUACUGUAGAUGCUGUCGUCAUUUCAUCCGACAUCCCUAGUUCCUAAGUCCCAGGUGGCUGCUGGUCCCCAUCCAUUCAUUUGAGAGCUGAUAAUAUAUUUUCUAUUGUUUAUUAUAUUUAUUUCCAAUGGAAUUUGUUGCCAAAGCAUCACCUUUCUGACUACACUGGCAGUGAUAGCAUAGAGAUGACAGAUUUCUAAAUUCCUUUUGUAAACCAAUCCAAAGGGAUUAUUCAACUGUUUUAUUUUCUAUAAUGUGGCCAGACGAUGGUGCCAGAGUACAAGACAGUGUUUUAUACAUCUAACUUAGAGUAGGAUGAAGUGACCCCAAGGUCAGUUUUGCGUUCCCCAACCCUAUUGCUAACGUUAGGAUUUGGGGAUGUUAAUCUGAUGUUACAUCUGUGUUUAUGAACUCAUAUUAAAUCCCAGUCUUCAUUGAAAAAAAAGAACCAUGGCGCUCCACGGCAAGUGAGAUUCAGCACAGCGUUAGAGAGACAGAAACAUGAACUAUGCACCUCCACUUCAUCCUCUCUGGCUAAGAUCUUUGCAAUAAUACAGUGUUAGAGGGACAGUGGCACAGAUACAACGCUAGUCUAUUACUGGUCCAUGCCUUCAGUACUCCAUCUCUUCAGACUGUGUUCCACCAAUAGGAUCUCUUAGUACUCCACCUCUUCAGACUGCGUUCCACCAAUAGGAUCUCUUAGUACUCCAUCUCUUCAGACUGAGUUCCACCAAUAGGAUCUCUUAGUACUCCAUCUCUUCCGACUGUGUUCCACCAAUAGGAUCUCUUAGAACUCCAUCUCUUCAGACUGCGUUCCACCAAUAGGCUCUCUUAGUACUCCAUCUCUUCAGACUGUGUUCCACCAAUAGGAUCUCUUAGUACUCCAUCUCUUCAGACUGUGUUCCACCAAUAGGAUCUCUUAGUACUCCAUCUCUUCAGACUGAGUUCCACCAAUAGGAUCUCUUAGUACUCCAUCUCUUCAGACUGAGUUCCACCAAUAGGAUCUCUUAGUACUCCACACACACACAACACACACUCACACACACACCUCCUGUCUGAAAUAGGAAACCUAAUCUUAGGAAGCUCCCCUGGUACUAUAUUCUCUGAUCAUCUCUCUCUGUGCUUUAAAUAUGAGGUUAACAAAAAUGCCUGUCAAAUAUGCAUUUUGGCCUAAAACAUACAUAGCCGUCUGUCAUUUAGCAUGGAUUGCCUAUCUAUAAUGUACUUCAAGCUACAACAUAAUGGCAAGGCUUAUGCUUCUGCAUUGAGACUGAAUAUAGCAUUUUCAUGAACAUAGUGGCAACAAUAAGAAUUGAGCUCUGACUGACUUAACUAGUUGUGGUAGUUACAUCUCUGACUGACUUAACUAGUUGUGGUAGUUACAUCUCUGACUGACUUAACUAGUUGUGGUAGCAGUAGCAGUUACAUGGGAUUUGAGCUGAAAAGGCACUUCAAGGCAAUAAGGAAAGAGAAAUAGCAGUUUGUGUGGGAGUGAGUGACGUUUGAUCUCACCAUCACAUUUCCUCCUCCCUUUACAGCCAAUUAAGUCAUUAUAAGGAAACCAUUUGGUUAAUAUCGUCAGCAUCAUCAUUCAUUUGUGAAUAAUGCCAAAUAACUAGGCCACGGAUGAGAGACACGAUUGAGACAUUUCUCAUUUACUGUAGUGAAGCAGAUGCUGUCAGACAAGUGUUUGAUUAGAUGAUCUGUCGUAGGCCAUUGUCAGUAACAAUCAUCCACGGUACACCUGCCUGCUGUGCCUCUGGAACACACUGGCUUGGUUUCUGGGUUUGUUUCACCUUUGAUACAGGUUAACAACUUUUAAUAGUUCUGAGUGGCUUCCUCUAUUUCCCCCCAUCUCUGAUCGAAAAGAACUGAACAUGGGAAAGCAAAUCCCCAGCAGGCAACCAACAUCUUGCUUUGACCUGGCCUUCCUUUUUCACAUCAGUGCAGACAAAGGAAAGGGGACAAAGAGCUAAGUAAGACUAUUGAGAUGCAGCCUUUGUUGGGUCAGCGGCCAUCAUGGUGCGUGACCUUUGGUCUCACUGGACACGUUAACCCUCAUGGUUAGGUUUUAUCAGACAGAGCUACUUUACUGAAGUAGAGAAACGGCUCAUGUCAUUUCAAACGGGUAGGAAGUGCUCUGAACGACCUUUACCUUUUGAUGUUCUAUCACUGCACUGCUUAGUUAUGAAUGCUUAGAAUGGUUGUGAGACGAGAGCAGAGGGAAUUUUGUUAAUGUGACAUUGUUUGGGACAGUUGUCUAAAUCCAGUCUCUAAAGCAGUGUUACUUUACAGUAUUGGUUUGAUGGGAUAGCCUGACGGGGGAUGGGUAACUGUAGCCUCAUCGUUGAUCUGAACAGUAAAAAAUGGAUGAGGUGAGAUGUACUGUACACCUACUACCAGUAUGUAGAACCCUUCCCUUUAUACCGUUCUAACUAAAUAAACCAUCUUCAUAACAGCCUCACUAACUGACCAGACAUCAUGUGCUCUUCCAAUGUACCACUGUACAAAAACAAAAAAAAUAUUUUCAAGAAAAAUAUGAUACUGGGAAAUGGGAUUAUUUAUUUCUUUUAAUUUAUUUUGUCAUAUUUUUGUAAGAUCUGAACUAUAGAUAAUAAAACAAUUUUAAAUUGAAA